UCGCCGCGGGAAGACGUGUCGAAUUGUAACGAGUUCCACUAACAGUUCUACCAGAUAAUUGUGAUUUUAACAUUGAAUUUGGAGUUAUUAAGAGUGUUAAAAGCUUGAGAAGGCGGCAAAGUAGUUGUACGAGUUGAAAUUCGUAGGGGAAAGUGACCAGGAGAAGCUUGAAACGAGCAGAGUGUUAUGCCUCAAGUGUCGUAAAUCAGCCAUCUAAGCCAAUGCAAGCCAGUAGCCGUCAUUGCACGCGUCAUACACUAUGACUGGAUCGAUACAACAUCGAAACGACCUCAGAAUAUGAUAAAGCUGAGAAUAAUGCGGUGAUGGCGGAUGGCGCGGGCGCGGAAGCGGGGGCGGAAGCGGGCGCGGAAGCUGGCGCGGGCGAGAGCGCAGCGCGCGGUGCAGCGCUCGAGCGUGCCUACGUGCAUGACGUAUACGAUCAGGCGGGCGAAGAUGAAGCUAGCGAGCCCGCGCCCGCCGUCACUACAUUCCUCAAGGAACUCGAACCGGGUGCCCUCGUCUGCGAUGUCGGUUGUGGAAAUGGAAAAUACCUGAGUGUGAACCCCUCUGUCUUCGCAGUGGGUGGAGACAGAUGUACCAGAUUAUCGACGCAAGCGCACCAAACAAACAAUGAGGUUGUUGUAUGCGACAAUCUUAGUCUACCGUUCCGCGAUGAGUCAUUUGAUGCGGUACUCUCUAUUGCCGUGGUCCACCAUUUUGCAACAGUGGAAAGGAGAGCCAUGGCACUACGAGAGCUCGCCAGAAUCACUAGGAUCGGUGGUCGACUCCUCCUCACUGUGUGGGCUAUGGAGCAUGAGGGACGGAACUUCCAUUCACAGGAUGUUCUGAUACCUUGGCAUAGACCUGUGACUUUAUGUCCUCCACCGCCAGCACCACGGUUCCUUUCCGUAGAGCAUGAUCAAAGUGCAGAGCCGUGGAAAAGUCACGAUGGCUCGCCUGGAUCGUCAUCUUUGUCAUCUCCAAAUGAAACUUGCUAUUCAUUUGUGAGAAGAGCAUUACAGAGGAUAGCUGGCCGACGGUCCUUUCUUCCUUCUUGGAGUCUCGGAUCGAGGGUAAACUUAAGAGCUUGUCCUCGUGGCCAACUGGAACCACCGGCGGCUGAUCUACCUAUCGAAUUACGAAGAUUAGAUGAAGUUCUACCUCCAAGAUUGAUAGCACAACCUUCAGAGACAUCUACACUAAAGUCUAGAAGUCUCACCGAUAUCGCAGAUGUAGAACGACAUGCCAUGGUUAGAUCGAGGUCGAGUCUCCCAAGUCUCGGUGGAGACGGGCACGAACCGCCAACAAUACAACCACCUCCGACUGACGUACCAGAACAACGAAAGAAGCCGAAGUUAGUCAAACAAAAAAAAUCAAUUAAUGAAGAUGAUGCAGAAGAGGAUUUAGAUAAACCAACGGACAUGAAAAGCCUUGUCGAAGAGAUGCCUAAUUUCAAAGUUCAUACGUACAGAGCACAAUCGAGAAAGCCAGGAGUUUUCAAGCAAACGUCUCUAAACGAAGAACUAAUGUCAGUGGAAAGGUUACGGGAGAAAGAACGCUUAAGAAAAAAUAUACAGAAACAAGCGUCACUCAAUGAAGAAUAUUUAUUUCGAAGGCCUGGAACAUUUGACUCUAUUCGUGAUUCAAUAUUUUCGACAUCAGCCACUACUGCAAAGAAGUUUCAGUCACUUAAAAAUGGUCUAACAAAUAAAUUCAAAACUUCUACAACGAAUAUAGAUAAAGUAACUGUUUUUGUCAGAAUGUUGCAAGGCUGGAAAAAUCAUGGACCUGCUCCUGAGGUUCCUACAACACCAAGUGAUACCAAUUCAAACAGUGAGAAAACUUGCCCCGAAAGGAGACAUUCCAGGGAAGAUGGCUCAGAUUCCUCAAAAGAUAGUAGCUUACAAAGUGAUACAAGUGUCGAUUCUGAAGACAGUUUUGCUUCAGUUAUAUAUGUACCGAAGGCUGAUGGAAGCGGUGAUCCUUUAUCACCAACCCCUUUAUCUCCUGGUCCAACCUCACCAAGACUAAAAGUAUCAUCAGUACCUACUUCCCCUAGGAUGAAGAAUUCCCCUGGUUUACCUUCACCGAGAAUUAAACAGUCAUUUCCUUUAAUAAGACCACCCUCUUCGCCUAAUGCUGUACAGGCAGCUGCUAAUUUUAAUAAAAUACUGGUGGCUCAAUAUAGCCUGAAAAAUUAUUCUACCAACAAUAACGCUCCUGUUAUUUCUAUAAAACCCCAAUCAAAGAGCCAGCCCAAUUCACCACCAAAACCUGAGGACGACACCAAAAUUAUAAGUACUGCAAUUGAAACAUUGCCCUUAAUUAAUAAAACUAUACCAAUUUCAGUCCCAGAAAUAUAUGAAGAAAUUGACCCAAUACCUCCUAUCAAAGAAGAAGAAGAAUUUACUGAAACUCCUUCUGAAGUUACAAAGGAACUCAUCGCAGAAAUAAAUAAAGACAUUGAAGAGAUCCACAAGCUGACAUUAGAAACAAAUGAUCUAAAGCCUCGCAUUCUUCAAGAUACAAAGCCAUAUCCCAAAAUAACUCUUCAAACUGUUGCUGAAUUACCAGAGAUACCGCAGUACAAACCUAAAGAUAAAUCACCUAUAUCUGAUGUAUUAGACUCAAGACACGCAGAUAAAAAGCGAAAAGAGAGAAUAAGGCAAAUAAAAGAAAUGUUAAAUAAAGGGAUUCCUUCUAUAAGUAUAAGUCGACGGCCACCGUUUCCAAUUGUACGAACGACAGGAAAAUCUGAACCAAUUGCCAAGAGUCAUCCAAAACUUAUGUCCUUAGAACUAUUUAAUCCUGCCGUUGAUGAUAUGGACAGUGAUUCCAGUGGAGUUUCUUCUCCAGAUUCAGUUGACAGCGUAAUCAGUGUAAUACCCGAAGAAUUGCGCAAAAUGGCGAUGGAAAAAGAUUUGUGUACAUCCGAAUUAGAAGUAAAGACGGGCGAGCCAGCUUCCGAUAAAAUAACCACCAACGUGAGUAGUUCUCCAAAUCUUUUAGAUGCUGUUUCUGAAGUGGCACACUCAUUGGAUGAAACAUGUGAAACGAUUAUUCAAUCAAGUCCUAGAUCGAAACGGAAACAUUUUGAAAAAGUAGAAAGUUCUGAUACAAUGGCCAUAGUUCAAGGAGCUUCAAGUAGUAGCAGUAGUAGUAAUUGGAGUUUAAAUAAACUUUCACCGGGAGAUUUGAGGCUAUUAGAAGAUAAAUCUCGAUCACAGUCUCAUACAAGUUCCAGUGGAAGUUCUUGUAGCUUAGAACGACUUUCGCCAGGCAGACGGUCAAAAGACCGAUCUCCAAAGCUAGGAAGUACAAGUAAUUCAACGUGGAGCUUAAACAGGCUAUCUCCAAACAGACCAGAAGGCCGUUCACUUGACGAAAAUUACACAAAGAGUCAUCGCAGUCCAACACGCUUACCUUACGAUUCAAUAUCAAUAUCCAGCACAGACUCCGAGAAGUCAAUUUCCAAAUCAGAAAGUUUCAACAGAAUUCAAGCUAACGAACCUUUAGUCACUUGCAAAUCUGACAUGAUAGCAAAGGAUGAAGAUUGGGUAGAUCAAGACCGAAGUCAACACUUAACUGAAUUUGCUGAAAAACUGAGUGAAAAACUUUUACAGGAAAUUGAUCAAUAUUCAAAACGGAUUAGCGAAGAAGACUUUGAUCUUCCAAGCAGUAGCAGUAGCGAAAAAAGUAUAUCCUUAAGACUGAAACGGGAAGAGGAAGAUAGAAACACUCAAAAGAUAUUAGAUGAGCUGUCGGAUAGUCUACAGCAUCUUGAAGAUCCCUGCCUAACUAAGAGUGAAAAAGGGAAUGAAAGCCAUAGUAUAGGAAAAUUAAGUGAAAAAACUAAAUAUGUAACUUGUUUACAAGAUACACAAGAAGUUGAUAUUAAUAAAUUAUUUCCUAAGUGUACAACAAAAACUAAAAGCAAGAAGAGAACCAAAGACGUAGACCCCAUCAUUAACAAAUACAGAGAACUGAAGAAAACUAUGAAAGUGACAAGUGAAGAGGACAUAUUUCUAAAUAAUUGUGCCAAUAUUCAAUACAACGUAAAACCCAUAACAGAUGAGAAACUCCCGGAUACAAUAGAUUUUAAAAAUCCUGACGAUGACAGUGCAAUCUCUUCCAGUAAUGGUAAUCCAGAGAUAACAAUUGACUCUGGGGCUUAUGAUACAAGUCAAUCACUGGAGACUGGAUAUUCACUGGAGUCAGAAAUCAGCGUGGACUCCCUGUGUACUAGUACUGACAAGAGAUCUUCGUUGAAAGUGGGCCAGUCAACUGACUCUAGCGACUUGGACAAAAUGGAAAUAAGUCCUGAAUCCAUAACUUCUCGUUCAAGCACAAGCACUGCGCCCUUAAAAUCUGGCUUCUCCAUCGAAUCAAGUGAUACUUCCGCCGGAUGCGACUGGAGUCGUAGAGACAAGACGGGAAGUACUGCUUCAUUAGGCUGUGCCAGUUUGGCUUCCCUGCCGUCCUGUAGUGAAUGCUCUAAGGAGAGAAAGUUUUUGGAAAUGCGGUCGUCAUCAGAAGACACCGCAACAAUGCCAGUGGUACCACCGCGUUUGCCGCAUGCCCCACUCUUGCCCUCACUAAGCGACGGCUCUGACAGCCUCCCUUCAGAAGGGGGAGCCGUAACCUAUCAUCGAUAUUAUCAUGUCUUUAAAAAAGGGGAGCUUGAUCAAUUAAUUGAAAAGUACGUCGAAAGUCUUCACGUAGUGUCCUCAUACUACGAUCAGGCGAGCUGGUGUGUUAUUGCUGAAAAAGUACAAGUGUGGACUAUUUAAGUGUAAUCGUUGUACAAAAUGUAAAUGGAAUAUUCGAUUGUGUAAAACUAAGUUCUCUCAAACUGUACAGUGAAGAAUACUUCCAAGUGACCUUACGAACUCUAAUGAGCGUAUAAUUGGAUAAUUGGAGUUAUGAAGUGUAAACUUACAAAUGCCAAAAGUGAGGCUUUUGAUUUAAAUAUAUAAUAGACAUUAAUCUAUAUACUGUUAUUAAUCUAAUGUAAUCGUAUUUACUCGCCCUCACCAGAGGCUACCGAACUCUUAAGGGCCUUUAGGACUCGCAUAAAAUGAAAACUAAGAGCUUUAAAUAGUGAAAAAAAUAAUUAUAAUAUAAUAUAUACUUCAGAGGCUCAAAUAAUAUAAGCUGCUUAUAGCUUAUCUAUCGUUCUAUCGAUCAAGUUGACCUGCAGUGUAGUCGUUUAUACCGUUCUUCAAGACGUUAUUGUUCGAUUGUGCUAAAUUAUUCUAUGACAAUAACACAAUUAAUUUAAAUAUAACAUAUCCAUACGAAUUACUAUCGAAACGUAGUUUUUUUUAGUUUUGAACAAUGGUAUAAACAUUUGAAUUUGAAAAAUCGUAUUUUCAGUAUUAUAAUCGGAGCUGGCCUCGCUGUUAAAUAUGUACAAAGUUCUGCAUAAUGACUAACUUCCAAACCUAAUCAAUAUAAAAUUGUUACUUGUAUGUUAAUCAAAAGUCAUAGUUAUGUCGUAAUUUCAACUUCAUUUGUUUCCAUUACGGUUUUUGUUUACACAUAGAUAUAAUUAUAAACAUACUAGAUAGCUACGUUCGUCACAAGAUAUACAUAUAAAGAUAAAUAAAAAAGCACUCUCAUAACGAAAUAUUUUCGACUACUUUUGCAAAUACUUGAAAGUACAAAUACUCAUAAGUGUACUUGGGAUUCGAUUUGUGUAAACCAUUCAUUUUGAUACACAUUUUUACGUAGGUUCAUUUCAAGAGUAAUAAGAACGAAUUGUAUAUUAUUCUCAAUAGAUUAUUUGUAUGCGAAUCUACAAGACAAAAUGUUCGUUGCUAUGCUCAUAGUAAUAUCUGGGCUGUAGAUCUAAACUUUUAACAAUGAAAAAAAUAAAGAAAAUCUUUAACGUUAUUUUUCAGUUUUAAUUUGCAACAGUGUGAUACGCUGUCAACUUACCACGAACAACUUUUAAUUAAAUAAUUACUUAUAAUUAAAUAAAUAAAAUAAACUACUACCGUCAGCUCUUUUACUCCCGACACCCAGAACCAACACUGGGUUCCAUCUCUUCACAGGUUGUGUUCUGUCUUUGAUUCUGUCAAAAGCAUCGACCCUUUUUCGCACUGCUAUACUGCUCCAUUUAAAAAUAAUUUGAAACAACUGUUAAUGUCCUAAUCCUUGUAUCGUUAUCCUCUAUUAUAUCUACAGGUAUAUUUGUCGUUGUCCGGAUUUAUAAAUUUUGUGUUGUUUUUAUUAGUGAACCUUUUGUGGAUACAUCCAAUGUGUUUAUUUUCAACUUUUUUUAUUGUAAAGAUGUAUAUAUGAUGUGACUUAACACUGAACAGUCUGUCUCGUAGAAAUGUUAUCUCAGCCAAACUGGCACUGCUUAUGCAUUUAAUACAGCCUUUUACUUAAUUUCAAUGUAAAUAUCGCUCUAAGGAAGCUAUAAGAGUAAUUAUGUUAUCAGAAUCAGUGAGAUUAAACUUAAUUUAAUUAGACAAAUAAGGCUGUAUAUUUAAUAAUUACAUACUUGCAAUUACAUCUCGCGAAUUUGCAUGAUUAUAAGUAUAAAAUGGAUACGAAAAGUCAUUUGGCAUGAAUCUCAAGUAAUCAUUGAAUGUACAGCUAUCUAGACAAAUACUUCUAGUAGGUAAAUAAGUAGUCGUAAGAAUGGAUGAAAGCACAAGAUAAUAAAGUCCAAAGGUUAUUUUAAAUCGUCACAGUUUUCUAAAUGCCAUGACAUUUUUUAUACUGAUACAUUUGUCUUGUGAAUGGGGUUGCGAAGUUUUAGUCAUGUGAUACUACGAUUUGAUUCUCGUAUAUGUUUACGAUAUUGGAAAUAUGAAAACAUAUGUAUUAUACGUUAAAAGAUCUGGCCUCUUAAAAAGUCUAGAAGCAUGUAUUGAAGUAAUCAUUUUUAUACUCAUAUUCGCAAUAAGAAAAACAAAAGACGCUCUUUAUAACAUAGCCUUUAUUCGUUUAUUAUAACCGACGAUUUAAAUUUGAAACCUAUAUAUGAAAAUAAAAUAUGUCGUAUUGAUUAUCAUGAACUUUGUUACAGAAAUCUUUAAUGCGUCGUGGAUUUACAGAAUUACUGUUAAUUUUAAAUGUCACUUUUCAAAACGAACGUUUUCAACGCUAGUAAGCGGAGAACUAAAACGCGGGUGUAAUUAAUACGAGAAUCAAUUCGGGAGCCUAGACAUACCCAUCUUUUGUUAGGUGGACGGACAGAUAUGUAUCCGUCCACAGUCUGUGAAUAUUAUAUUAUGUUGCGCUUGGGCAUAAGCAUUAUUUUAAUACUUUUAAAUUCACGAGACUUAUAUUUUCAUACUACUAUAUAAUAGCUUGAAAUUUCCAUAAUUUUACUUUGAAACUCAAAGGAAGGUAUAUAAGGCGUCCGUUUUGAAAGGUUAAAGACCUUACCCAAAAUUCGUUGCGUAAUACUUGAGCGCCCUCUAAAAAAACUAUUGGAUGGUAUCAUAUGCUAUAUUUAUACUAAGUCGCAGCUCUGAAUCUUACCGUCAGACAAUUAAAGACAUUUCAGGGUAGUUGGAACAUAAAACGUAACAGAAAACGACGGCGUGUUUCGUUUGUUUGUGAUUGGGUAACAACAUCUCUAUACGCCUUGUGAUUGGUCCGUUUGACUAUUUACAAUAAGACGCAACGUUUCGUCUUGCGUCUUAGGCCUUUACCUUCCUUUAGGUUAUAUUUAACGCAUAUCAAUGGCUAACUCAUAAAUAUCACUAAUUAUUUUUGUAACAUUUCGUACAGGGUGAACUUUCAUAGCUAAUUGCACGUAGAUCAUAAAAAUAAUCCUUUUCUCCAUGUGACCAAAUACUGUUCUUUUUAUCGACGUAAGAUACUCUUUAUCACCCCGAAGAGAUGUUAAAAAAAACAAUUUUUAAGUGAUAAGGAUAAUAAAAUAAUAAAUAGCUGAUUGAGGCUUAUACUCUCCAUACGCUGGAAUGUUUCAAGCUACACGUAUAUAAAUAACGACUGCUAAGCCUAUUUGUUGGAUUUGAAGCCUCGACAUGAAACACAACCUUUUACUAAAGGAUUAUACUUCUUUCGAAUUUGGACAAAUAAUAAUUAUCUUUAUACAGUAUUAGGUUACAUAAUUGCUAUACGUUUGAUGAAAAAGCUAUCUGAAUAUUUAAUUGUUGACGUGCGUAUUCUACGUUAUCGGAUAGUUUUUUAAUAUUUUGUCCUGUACACUCAUGCGUCACUUUGCAAAUAAGUAAAUGAGAUAAAACAUAUAUAAAAAUCUUUAAAGGCUCUUAAAUUGUAUGAAAAAUGCGUCUUAUUAACUUAUACUUAUUAACGUCAAAAACAAAUACAAUAUUUAAUUUAACAUUGAAAGUUGA